AUGUUUCUGCAUGAGAGGAAAAUGAAAGUAGAACAGUUGAAUCAACAACUUCAGGGUCUGAACCAACAAAUUAAAGACAGUGAACGAAAGGUUAAGAAAGUGAAAAAAGCACUCAGUAGUGCCCAGGAUACACUUAACGAUGCUGAAAGAGAGUUGAGAAACAAAAGAAGAGAUCAAGAAAAUGUAGCACGCGUAGGACGCGCAAUAACAAGUCUUGCCAUAGUCGGUUGGAUUCCCGGGCUAACCAUGGUGGCGGUAAGCCUUACGGUACUCGAAGAUGACGUCAAAUCUGCCCAAAGUGGCGUGAGCUCUGCUAAAGAUAACGUGAACGAUUGGAAAAACUGGUUGCAGGCAAAAAAAAGUGAGAAGAACAAUCUUUGCCAACAACUGAAGCGUGAAGAAAAGGAGAAGCAGAUAACAAAGCAGCGAUUACGAGAACAAAAGAGUCAAUUGCAAGAUCUCAAAAUGGCUCAACAAAGGUCCAUUAAACUAAGUGAUAAACUGAUGAGAACAUGCCAUGUAAUGACAAAAAUUUGGGGGAAAAGCCAAGUACUGAAAAACGAAGCUCGCCGUGCGUACUCAUUGGAACCGUUACUGACACCUAUGAAGGAACUAGUUGACAUGUUUACACCUGAGGAACAGAAUGAUCAAACAAAGCACUUUUUUGCUGUCGAAAGAAAUCGACUUUUCUUCCAUAACGUGGAAACUGAAAGCUGUUUGUGA